CACAACUGGACCAGGCAACUGACGGAGGCUCGCUGACCGAGCUGAACGUGAACGAUACACUAGUGCUUGUCUUUGACUCCGCGAGCUAGCUAUAGCUUGUCAAUGGACGCGGAAUUCGGCCUCUCAUCCGAGUGUACAGACCAAUGCGUCGUCGUCGCCUGCACAGACCCAUCGCACCCUCUCCGGCCAUGUCCUAGCAAUCACUCCUGCGAUGACAUUGCCAGCUGCUCUGAAUCAUCAGACUGCAGGAAAGAUGACUGUCCGACCCUUGAAUGCCAGGACUGUGCAACAGAACCUUGCACAAAAUGCCCCGCUCUAGACGAUUUGCUCAAGUGCUGCACAGACUACAUUGCUGAGCACCCCUGGUAUACUUCGCUGACUGAUAUCGACUGUUGCUGCAUUCAUUCGGGAACAGAGUCCCACCCACUCCCCGUUCUUGACAUGCUCCCUCCUCUCAGUGCUUCUCAGACAGUUCAUCUCUCCAACGGUCCCGAAGAGCUGCCCCAUGAUCCUCCAAACGGUAGCAUCCGGGCGCAUCCGUGUAUGUGGGCUACAUGUACUGCAACUUUUGGCUGUCUGGACGAACUCAUCGAACACGUAAACUCGACCCAUCUUGCUGCCACUGCGGCUUCUUGCCAUUGGGGAGAUUGCGCAGCCAACCCGGAUGCUCUAGCCCCCCAUCUACUAUUGCAUCACCUUAACAUCCCCGAUCAUGCUCACGGAGAUGGAGAUCUGACCCGUGGAUCUGCGUAUUUACACACGACCCAAACUUCCAACGGCUAUUUAAACCAGCCCCCGCAUACGCCUCCUGAUAUGAACUUUACCUCGCAGCCUUUAAACCGGUCAGAACCCGACAUGGAUCAUCAUCGUAGUGCCCAGUACGAAUCCUCGCUAUACACCCAAGCAUCUCCUCACAUGUUCCCUCGUCAAGCAUUGCACGACGUCGCCCCCAGUCUCGGCCAAAGCUACGGACAUGGUCUUCAGCGAAGCCAACAAAACUACCAUCAUGCACCCUCACCAUCGUAUGCGUUCCAAGCCAAUGCAACACACCACCAUUCGGCACCGUCUCUGCAACAUCAACAGUACGACCCAUCUCUUGACCAUCCAUUCCAACAGUCUCAGCCUCACGGAGCACAUUCCUAUGCUGUCUCCAGCACCCGAGAAACUGUCGAAUACUACGGCUUUCCUCAGCACUCGAGUCAGCCCCAAAAUCAUCAUGCGCGCCAUUCCCCAGGCUCCAACGAAACUCAAACGGCUAUGCCCACAGAGGUUCCUUUCCAGGCCGGUGCUGAUCGAAGCCAACCUGGUGUGCAGCCCGGUUACGUUCAGCAGCAGAAUAUGGAGUACACGGCGGCUCAGAAUGAUGUCACAUGGUCGGCCCCUCCUUCGGCACCUACUCAGGGCGGAUAUGACCAAAGCGUGUCUUCCCUGUCGUCCUCUCCUUUUUCGUCGGCACCUUCUCCGUCGGCAGCGGUUUCGGUAUAUGCUUCACCACCUUCGCUUGCUGUUGCGCUUCAAGAGUCGCCGCCCCCACAACACCAGCUCAGUCCCUCUACGGACGAUCAGGAACGUGAGGUAUUUGCCGGACUACCUGGCGGCGCCAAGACUACUCCGUCGUCACAUGCACAAGAACAGCCAAGCGCAGACUCUAUUGAUGUGCACGAAUGCCUCUGGAUGACUUCUUGUCCCCUCCAUUCGCACCCUUCCUCGUCUCACCACCAGUUCCGCACCUGGGCUUGUUACAAGACAUUCCCUACAUCCGCUGCUCUCACCCAACACAUCGCUGAAGCGCACGUCGGUUCCGGGAAGGCGCGGUACGAAUGCUUCUGGCAGGGCUGCAACCGCAACAGCGGGCUGGGAGACGGUACAGGAGGUAGCGGAGAGAACGAAGGCUUUGGAAGCAAGCAGAAGAUCAUGCGACACAUCCAAUCACACACUGGCCAUCGGCCGUUCCAGUGCUCUGUAUGUAAGCAGAACUUCUCUGAAGCAGCGACGCUUCAGCAGCACAUGCGGCGGCAUACCAAAGAGAAGCCAUACGCGUGCGAUUACCCGGGGUGUGGCAAGGCGUUCGCGAUCACGGGUGCCUUGACUAUUCACAAACGCACCCAUUUCGGUUUACGACCGUUCAAAUGCACCUACUGCGACAAAGCAUUCGCAGAGUCAUCGAACCUCGCCAAGCAUCUGCGAACGCACACAGGCGCUCGUCCUUACGUUUGCGCGGAACCAGGGUGCGGCAAGUCGUUCGCAAGACCAGAUCAGCUCGCCCGGCACGGAGCUAUUCACCGAAAAGGGGGUCCUAGUGUUCGUCCUUCGCCGCCGGACAGCAUUAGUGAUGUUCUAGUUGCAGUCCAUGACUGAUCUGCGUUUCACUAUUGGCAUGACGUCGAUCCGGGUUGUAACAUUAAGUUUUCUAUAGACCUCGUGUUUUUAUAUGAACAUUGUGGACUGCUCAUGUGCCACGGAGCUUCUUGCACUUUAUUUCUGUAGCGUUGUAGCAUGCAUGUAUGACAUCACAUAUAUCACUC